ACUUGAGUCAUUUCAACAUUUGUGUCUCCCAGCAGGACAAAGCGAGGCAACCUCUGGGGGCCCUGCGAAGCCCCCCUGUUGGUUGUGGGGGGCUAAGUUUGGGCCCCCGAAGUGAGAUCCCUGGCUGUGCUGACUGUGGGGCAAUCAUGGGGGGUGCCGGCCCCCAUGUCCAUGAUUGGGGAUCAGAACGGAUAGAACCCUGUGGCAUCAGCUGCAGUACACGGCAAAGCCCCCAGGUGACGUGUGAAGCCCGGAUCCCCACAACAGAGACCACACCAGCUGCAGGAGUGAAUGUUGUAGUUGUGGUGGACGGGAACUGCAUCCUCCAAUACACCCAUCGUCAAUCACCUUGCUCCUGCCUUUCCGAUGGGGAGCCUCUCUUGCCCCGACACCCUCCAUCAACGUAUGGAGCUGUGCCCCCAAGCCCCACUAUCCCCAGAGGACCAGCCUGUGGGCAAGAAGCUGGACCGCCCCCAUCCCGCAGGACUCGCGGACUCAGUGUCCGCUGUUGCACCAAAGCCUGCCUGGGGGACGAAGAGGAACAUACCGAGCGGCACCUCCAUCGGGGGCCACCUUGCAGCCACCUCACCCCAGUGCCCUUGCCCCGCAGCCCCUCCGGGCCAUGGUUUGGAGUGGGAUCACUCAGCGGGGGCCGGCCAGGGACUCGGGUUGUGAAGAUCUGGGACCGGCAGCGUUGCCCUUUGCUGGAGGAAGGGGAUAUUAUUGCCAAGGUCAAUGGGGCUGAUGUUCGAGACUUGAGUCCCAGAGAAGUGGAGAAUGUUUUGCAAGAGCACACACGAACGGGUGAUGUGAUCCUUCUGGUAGAGAGGAAAGGUAAGUGA